UGACUUGACGUCCCCACAUGCGUCAUUCUUGCUGCCCGCCUGAUUGAUUGCUGCCCCUCCAACUCCAACUCCAAGUUCCCACGACCAAGCCAAAAAGUUGAACCUACACCCUUCCCCGGAGGCGCAGCCCUCUCAACAUUGACUCUUUCACCAUCCACACCCGCCGCCACCAUGGACGCGCCCGGCGAGACGGUCGAGCAGAUGCAGGCGCGCCACCGUCGCGAGGCCAAGGAGCUGCAGGGCCGGAUCACGUCCAAGAAGAAGAACGCGAGCAAGAAGACGCGCAAGGGGGUCAAUGACGAGUGCGAGGGGAUGGAGCGUGACAUGCGGCAGCGGCAGGGCGAGGAGCUCGCGACGCUACAGGCGCCUUCUUCUGAGGAAUCAAUGUCGCCCGACAACGAGGAGGCCCCGAGCCGCGUGGAGAGGAUGGAGAACAAGGUCGAGGAGAAGCUGGAAAAGGCCGUGCACAAGCUGCACCUCGGCGGCAGCAGCCCUAAAGACACCACGAAUGGACACAAGGCCACCCCCUCCAACGCAGACGACGCCCUGCACGGCAAGAAGCGAAACAGACAGCGGGAGCGGCUGGCCAGGCGGGCGGCAGAGCAGGAGGCGGCCGCCGCGCGGGCCGAGGAGGAGGCGUCGACCAUGACGGACGACCGGGCGCGCGAGAGCGAGUACAUGGACAAGAUGUUUGCGACGUACGACCUGGCGGAGAAGGAGGUUGCGCCGGACGGGCACUGCCUGUUCAGCGCGGUGGCGGACCAGCUGGCGCAGGCGGGCGUGCCGCUGUCGGACAGUCACGACAAGGAGACAGACAAGGAGACAGACAAGGAGACAGACAAGGAGACAGACAAGGAGACAGACAAGGAGGAGCCCUACAAGACGGUGCGGCGCGCGGCGGCGGCGUACAUGCUCGCGCACGCAGACGACUUUGCGCCCUUUCUCGAGGGCGACCUGGACACGUACGCGGCGCAGAUCCGGGACACGGCCGAGUGGGGCGGGCAGCUGGAGCUCAUGGCGCUCGCGCGGCGGUACAAUGUCGAGAUCCGCGUCGUGCAGGACGGGCGGACGGAGAAGAUUGGCGAGCGCGAGGGCGACGACGGCGGGCGGGUGCUGUGGCUGGCGUACUACCGGCACGGGUACGGGCUGGGCGAGCACUACAACUCGCUGCGCAGGAGAGGAUAGUCCUACGUAUCUUUAUUU